GUGCUUGUCUCAAAUUCCACAAGUUUCAUGUAAUUCACGCAAUUUUGCAUUGCUUGCAUUUUAUAUGAACGCGUGGCGCGUGCGCUUCAUGCUGGUUUGAAUUUAAACUAAUUCAACUCAUUGAUGUGAAAAAUGAGCGGUUUGCGUGCUGAGUACCAGGAACUGUGCAACCAAUUCGAACUAGAGCCAGAAGCCUCAGUGGAAAAGGCUUUAAAAAAUGCUAACACUUCAGCGUGUCUUACGUUCCAAGGAGACACAACCCUGUCUGCUACUACGUGCCAAAUUCUCGCUAAGAUAAUUUCAUCGACUCAUGCACUCAUCAAGCUGGACUUUUCCAACUGCAUGCUCCCAUCCCCUGGUGUUGUUGAUUUACUGUGUGGACUCAAGAAAAACAAAUCUGUCAGAGAACUGGACAUGAGCAGCAACAAUUUGCAGGCUGACUCUGCUUUGCAUCUGGGCACUUACCUGAGACAUAAUAAAACUCUAGAAAGGUUAUUCUUGCAAUGGAACUCGCUGGGUCAGAGCAAAGAAACAUUUGCCAUUCUUAGUGAAGCCAUUGGAGCAAACCAAAGUUUGCAGGAACUAGAUUUGAGGAAUAAUAGUUUGACUGCGGUUUCCACUGAGGACUUGGCUUUUGCAAUUAAAUCUAACAAAUCACUGAAAACAGUUGAUUUGCGUUGGAACGCAUUGGGUCCAGGCGAUGGGAGAAGUUUGCUUCACGCAGUUCAAGAUUCGCCACAGCUAACGUCUAUUCAAUUGGAUGGAAACUUGUUCACUGCUGAUAUGAUUUUGACCAUUGAAUUGGCCGCCUCUCAUAAUGCUGAUAUGAUGCAACUUGCCCGUGAGUGGGAAGCGCGGUGUGAUAUCCUCUCCAAGCACACAGCCCAACUGGAAAAGAGAGAUGGGAAAAGGUCCUCUGGUGUUCGCUUCUUGUUGCAGCAGCAGGGACAAAAAAUUAACACUAUGAACAAAGAGCAACGUAAUGAAAUGAUCAAAGCCGAGGAGCAGCUGUUUGUCAAUAAAAAAAGGAUGGAAACGAUGGAAUCCCUUAUACUUGACAGAGAAGAUCAAAUAGAAACGCUGCAAGAGAUGAACAAAUCAUUGCAGCAGGAUAAAGAUAUGGAGUCAACUGAGUUAGGCGAGCAACUUGGACUUGUCCGCGAGCAAUUGUUCAGUGCUCAAACUCUUAUCCAAACUCUCAAAAUGAAAAUCCAAGAGUUAGAGGCAGAGAAAAAAGGUUUACAGCUGGAAAACUCUCACCUGAAAGAUAGCAUGAGCUUGCACAAUACAAACUGUGAAGACGUGAUUAAAGCUGCGGAGGAGAGAGCCAAAUCUGCAAUUCACAAAGCUAGGCAGGAGAAAACUGAGAUUGAAGAGGAGAUUAAGAAAAUGCAGCGAAGCUAUGAGGAUAAGCUGAGAAAGAUAAAUGAGUUGCGAGCUGACCUGGAGACGCGCAUACAAAGUCAAAAUCAAUCGCACCUUGAAGCGUUGACUACCCUGAAAAAAAAUAUGCUUGAUAAAGAGGAGAAAAAUUUGGAUAUUUGGGCAAGUGAAAAAGCUGAACUCCAAUCUGCUGUGGAGAAGUGCAGAAGCAAGUUUGAUUCACUUCAAAAAGAUAUGCAGCUCAAAACUGAAGAAGCAGCUAAAAUGAGUUUAACUAUUUCCGAACUGCAGCAGGUGGUUUCAAGAGAACAAGAUAAAAAUCUGACCCUUGUUGAAAAACUGGAAGAUUCAGCAUAUCGAAAGAGAGAGGCAGAAAGCCUGAAAGCUCAAAUUGCACUUGUUCAAUCAGAACUAAUCUCGCUCAGAGAAGAAAAGGACUCUCAGAUUAAGCAACUAACUGAAUUGCUUUCCAGCCAAGAAAAACACUAUGCUGAAUUAAGAUUUGGAGAAGCUCAGCGGACUGGCAUACUGUGCUCAGCUGUCACGCAGUACAUAACGAAAGUUGGUGCUACUGUAGGCUCAUCUGAAAAUAUACAGUGAAUUCAGUGAACUGACCUGGAGGAGAUGCGAAACAAUUGUAUUCAAAGUAGGUGUUUCUCUUUUUACCAAUCAUUGUAAGUUAUUUUGUUAACACCAAAGGACUACUUACCUUAAAAUUCAAUUGAGGUUAAUUUAUGCAUGAAUGAUCUUUACCUGCGGUUAUGGGUUAGGAAGGUGAUGCAUCAUUUUUCAAUUUGUUUGCUCCGAGAUGCUAUCUUGACACUGUAGACAUGGUUGGGCGGGGUCUUUGUACGUACAAAGAAGUGAGAAAACAUUUUUUAUUCUGGAGAUUGUUGGAUGAAGCAAGUGCAAUGUAAAUUUCUUCCCAGAAACGGUUCCACAUGAUGGAGCGAUAACCAAAUCGCUGCUGCUUCCAAGGGUUAUAUAUUUCUUGUCUUCAAAUGAAACUGUCAGUCGCAGUUGUUGUAUGAAGGGAACUAAUGAUUUUCAAUACCUGGAACAAAGUCAAUUAAUAAAAGUGCCUAUCUUUGUUUGAAA